CUUGCAGCGCUCAUCGAGGCCUUCCGCGCGCAGCUGAGGGACGACCCCGACGUGGCGUCGGCCGUGGCCGCCAUCCGCGUGCUGCUCGGCUUCCUCAAGCAGGACCGAGGCGAGACCAUCCAGGGCCUGCGGAAGAGCCUGCGGAGCGCCAUCGACACGCUGUCCCGCGUGGACUCCUCGGUGGCCGUGUCGUCCGGCGGGGAGCUCUUCCUGCGCUUCAUCAGCCUCACCUCGCUGGAGUACUCGGACUACUCCAAGUGCAAGGAAAUCAUGAUCGAGCGCGGGGAGAUCUUCCUGAGGAAGGUCUCGCUGUCGCGGAACAAGAUCGCCAAGCUCUGCCAUCCCUUCAUCAGGGACGGCGCUCGAAUUUUGACACAUGCCUACUCACGGGUGGUCCUCAGAGUGUUAGAAGCAGCUGUUGAGUCAAAGAAGCGAUUCAGCAUUUAUGUUACCGAAUCACAGCCAGAUCAAGCAGGACAAAAAAUGGCACAAGCCCUGAGGAAGCUGAACAUUCCCGUGACUGUGAUUCUAGAUGCUGCAGUUGGCUACAUUAUGGAGAAAGUGGACCUGGUCUUAGUUGGAGCUGAAGGUGUAGUUGAAAGCGGAGGAAUUAUUAACAAGAUCGGCACUAAUCAAAUUGCUGUUUGUGCCAAAGCUCAGAACAAGCCCUUUUAUGUUGUAGCAGAAAGUUUCAAGUUUGUAAGACUUUUCCCUCUAAAUCAGCAAGAUGUCCCAGAUAAGUUUAAGUACAAAGCAGACACUCUGAAAUCAACUCAGAAUCUAACAGAGGAGCAUCCCUGGAUUGACUAUACAUCACCGUCGCUAAUCACCUUACUGUUUACAGACCUAGGUGUAUUGACUCCAUCAGCUGUCAGUGAUGAACUUAUUAAACUCUAUCUGUAACAGAGACUCAGUCAUCCAGACAAGGUGAAUUAUUACCUUCUUCAAUGACCAUCACAACUGUAAGAACUCG